UACAGAGCACCGCCUACCCCAAAGUGCAGAACUUCUGCCAAAAGCACGGUCUGAUGUUCGAGGUUGUCGAUCUGAGGUGGGGUAUUCGGAACACUGAGGCCACUGAGCACAUGACCACAGAACUCUGCUUGGAGGAACUCGACCGGUGUCGGAAAACAUCCAUAGGGCCGGCUUUUGUUGCCCUUCUCGGUGACCAGUACGGCCCCUGUCCAGUCCCCACGCUGAUCGAGGAGAAGGAGUGGGAGGCUCUGAGGGCCCAGCUGACCUCCAAGCCACGCGACCUGGAGUUGGUAGCUCAACACUUCCGGAGGGACGAGAACGCCGUGCCCCCCACCUACCUGCUGAAGGCCCUGGGCACCUCGGAGGGCUGUGGGCCCGAAGAGGCCACGCUGACCUCAGUGCUACGCUCUGGAGCCCAGGAGGCCCGGAGGCUGGGCCUCAUCACCCAGGAGCAGUGGCAUCGUUAUCACUGGUCAGUCAUCGAGUGGGAGAUAGACCGGGGCCUGUUGAGCUUGACGGAUGGAGACCGGGGGGCAACCAUCUUCUUGAGAGAGAUCCAAGACCUCAACAAACACAUCCUGGAAGACUGCGCCCUCAAGAUGGUGGACCGGCUCCCAGAUGGCUGCCUGGACACAGACGCCCAGAACCUUCUCCGUGGCCUCAAAGGACGCAUUGCCGACGUGCAACCCGGAGUUCUCAGGGCUCACCACCUGCCGUGGAGCCGAGACCUGGUGAACCCUAAAAACAAGGCUCAUGCUCGGUACCUGAAGGAGCUGGGGGAGCAGUUUGUGGCCAGGGCUAGCCACCAGGUCCUGGAGCACCUCCGGGAGCUGGAGGCGGGCAGGCAGGAGUUGGCGUGGCUCUAUCAGGAGAUCCGCCACCACCUGGGGCUGAGUGCCGAGGCCAAUCGGACUUUCUGUGGGCGCCAGGAGCUCCUGGCCCAGCUGGGGCAGCGGCUCCAGCAGAGCGACAGCCACCCCCACUCUCCCCUGGUGCUCUUUGGGCCCCCAGGCAUCGGAAAGACAGCUCUGAUGUGCAAACUGGCGGAACAAAUGCCAGGCCUGCUUGGCCGCAAGACGGUGACCGUCCUGCGGCUUCUGGGAGCGUCACAGAUGAGCUCCGACGCCCGAGGCCUGCUCCAGAGCAUCUGCGCCCAGGUGUGCCUGGCCUACGGGUUGCCCCUGCCCCCUGCCCAGGUCCUGGAGGCCCACGCCAGGGUGGUGCAGUUUUUCCACACCCUCCUCCACACCGUCUCCUGCCGCAACUUCGAGUCCCUUGUGAUCCUGUUGGAUUCCAUGGACGAUGUGGAUUCCAUCUGCCGCGCCCGGAGGGUCCCCUGGCUGCCUCCCAAAUGCCCCCCGAGGAUCCACCUUAUCCUCUCAGCCUGCUCAGGGCAGCAGGGGAUUCUAGACACCGUGCGACAGACGCUGACGGACCCGGAGGCCUACUGGGAGGUGAAACCCCUCUCCGGAAACCAAGGGCAAGAGAUGAUCCAGCUCCUGCUGGCCGCCUCGAGGAGGACGCUGAGCCCAGGGCAGAGGGAACUGCUCUGGGCCAGCCUCCCAGAGUGCGGGCACCCAGGGCGGCUGAGGCUGGCCUUCGAGGAGGCCCGGAAAUGGGCCUCCUUCACCAUACCUGCCCCCCUGGCCUCCACUGCCAAGGAAGCCAUGCACCAACUGUGUGCCCGUCUGGAGCAGACACACGGGCAGGUCCUGGUGGCCCACGUGCUGGGCUACAUCGCGUCUUCCCGGCAUGGGCUCUCAGAGGCAGAGCUGAAGGACGUCCUGUCCUUGGAUGACGAGGUCCUGCAGGUGGUCUACCGGGACUGGACCCCGCCCAGCAAGGAGCUGCUGCGUUUUCCACCGCUGCUCUGGGUGAGGCUUCGCCGGGAUCUGGGCCACUGCUUGGCCCGGCGGCCCGUGGACGGCUUCACGCUCCUGGCCAUUGCCCACAGGCAGCUGGCCGAGGUGGUCCAAGAACGCUACCUGUCCGGGGUCGAGAGAGCCAAGAGGCACGGGGUCUUGGCUGACUUCUUCUCAGGGGCCUGGAGCCAGGGCACCAAGAAGCUCGUCACCCUGCCACUCGUGGGGAAGCCCCUGAACCUGGACCGCAUGGUGGCCCCUCAGCCCCUGUGGUUCUCAGACACGGUCGCAAAUGUGCGGAAGCUGAAGGAGAUGCCUCAUCACCUGGUCCACUCAGGCCGCCUUGAAACGCUGAAGCAGGAGGUUCUGGGCAGCAUGAACUGGAUUUCCUGCCGCGGCAUCUCUGGAGGCAUCGAGAGCCUGUUGGACGACUUUGACCUGUAUGCCCCUUACCUGGACUGUCCGGAGGUCGGCCUGGUCCGGGAAGCCCUCCAGCUGUGCCGCCCGGCCCUGGAGCUCCGAGGCAUGGAGAGGAGCAUCCUAUAUACAGAACUCCUGGCCAGACUCCAUUUCUUCACGACCUCACAUCCGGCGCUGGUGGGACAGCUGUGCCAAGAGGCCCAGAACUGGUUCCGGAUGUGCCCACAUCCUGUGCUGGUACCCCUCACGGGAUUCCUCCAGCCCCCAGGAGGACCCCUCCGGGCAACCCUCACCGGCUGUCACAAGGGCAUCACCGCCAUGGCGUGGAGCGUGGAAGAGAGGCUGCUGGUUGUCGGCACCCAGGAUGGCACCGUGGCUGUGUGGGACACGGAAGAACAUCAGGUGAUCCAUAUGCACAUGGGACACACAGGAGAGGUGAGGUAUGUGAAGGUGUUUGCCAAAGGGACACUUGCCCUCUCUGCCUCAAAGGACCAUACACUGCGCUUGUGGAAUCUACUGACUGGCCAGGAGAAAUUCACCAUUUGGGAUGGAGGCUCAAAGGAUCCUAUGCACCCUGAGACCUGGAGUCUUCACUUGGAUGAAACAAAGAAGGUUGUGUAUUUGGCAUCUGGCUCAAAGGUCAGUGCGUGGCAUCUAGAAACUGCAGAACUGGUUUUCCAGAUCCUGGGAGAUCCCUCUGACUGCUGGGUGUAUGCAGGAGUGCUGGCUUCCCGGGCCACGCUGCUGACCGUGUCCCAGGGUGGCGUGGCCGGCCUGUGGAGCUCAGCCACAGGAAAGCCGCAGGGGAGGCAACAUUUAUCCAGCAUCAAGGAAGAAACGCCUACCUGUGGGGUCUCGCUCCAGAAGCAGGGGAAGAUGGUCACCGGGUUCAGCAAGGGCUCCGUCUCCUUGAUUUCCCCCGAAGGAGACAGCCUGCUGGAGAAGCUUCCAGAAUCUGUGAGGUUCCUGGUAGUCUCUGAAGACGAGUCCCUUCUCGCUGCAGGUGAGGAGCAGGACGUCCUGGAUGCCUCCAGUGAGGUCAGAUGUCUGGAGGUGGCCCAGCAGGCCAAUCUCCUUUUCACUGGCCUCGUUUCGGGGGUCGUCCUGGUGUUCCCCCUGAAUUCCAGACGGGAUGUGAUGUGCAUCCCCCCUCCCGAGGCCCGGAAAGCCAUCAACUGCAUGGCCCUUAGUCAAGGGGAGGAGCGCCUGGCCAUCGCCUAUGACAGCAUCAUCCUGGUGCUGGACAUCAGCCCCGGGGAUCCCUGUCCGGUUGUCGAUGGGCCAACAUACAGCUUCUACACCCAGCUGCCCGAGACCAUCUCCAGCGUGGCCGUCCUGGCUGACUACCGCGUGAUCUACGGCAUGACCGACGGUGAGCUCUUCCUUUACGAGUGUGCGAAUUCCAAAGUGUUCCCUCUGGAGGCCCACGGGAGCCGGGUCACCUGUGUGCAGGUCAGCCACAAGGAGCAGCUGGCGGUCAGCGGAUCCGAGGAAGCCCUGCUGUGCCUCUGGGACCUGCAGGCCUGCAAGUGGAGAUUCGAGACGAGCUACACGAAUUCUUACUGUAGAGGAGUCCAGUGUCUCUGCUUCUCCAAGGAUGACAAGUACGUGUAUGCGGGCUUAAAGGACCGCUCCAUCAUCGUCUGGAGUGUGCUGGAUGGCACCUUGCUGGCUGUCCAGUUUGUCCACGCCGUGGUGAACAGAAUCAUCCCAACUUCCAAUGGCUUCAUCGCCCCCACGAGACACGGCUAUCUCAUCCGGGAGCGUUUCCAGGACCCUUCGUCAAGAGCCUCGCAGCAGGACCCUCUCAAGAACUUCAAGAAGGCAGUGUGGAAGGUCAAAUCCAGGCAGAGAGACGAAGCGGCGGCUGUCGCAGGAGUCCCCCAGGACUCGAGAUCAGCAAGUGCCCAGGGAAAUGCGUGCAAAUCGAACAAACGCUCACAAGUCUGCCUGCUCGUGUAG